AUGGAUCAUUCUGAGUUGAUGGCUGAACUGCCAGAUAUAGAGAGAAUGACACCUCAGGAAAGGAUAGCUCUUGCCAAAGAAAGGAGAAUAUUACAACUGCGAAGACAUGCGGAAAGGGAGAAUCAACUGCCUCCGCCACGUCCCAGGCAGCAGCGUUUGAAGUUUAGUCCCGAAGUAACACUUUUAGAAGCGACGGGGAGAGCUGAUGCAGCUGAAGUCGAAAGACUGCUUCUCGAAGGAGCAAAUCCUAAUUCUCAUAAUGAGGAUGGUUUAACCCCCUUACAUCAGUGCGCAAUCGAUGAUAAUCAACAGAUUAUGCUACUGCUUUUGAAACACGGAGCUGAUGUUAAUGCUCAAGAUACCGAACUAUGGACCCCUUUACACGCUGCGGCAUGUUGUGCUCAUAUUAACGUAGUUAAAAUUCUGAUAGCUCAUGGAGCGAAUUUGUUGGCCGUAAAUGCCGAUGGUAAUAUGCCAUAUGACAUUUGUGAUGAUGAGAACACACUGGAUGCAAUUGAGAGCGAAAUGGCAGCUAGAGGAAUCACCCAGGCUUUCAUUGACGACCAGAGAGGAGCUCCGGAAAAGGCUAUGUUAGAUGAUAUGAAGGCUUUAUAUACACAAAGGCAACCAUUAGAUGCCAGACAGUGUGAUGGAAGUACUUUUUUACACGUCGCUGCCUCAAAUGGUUAUUACGACGUAGCUGCUUAUUUAUUGAAAUGUGGAGUUUCACCAUUAGCAAGAGAUAACGAUUUGUGGCAGCCUAUCCAUGCUGCGGCUUGUUGGUCUCAACCUGAUCUCAUAGAACUUCUAUGCGAAUAUGGUGGGGAUAUCACUGCUAAAACUGCUACCGGAGAAAUGCCAAUUGAUCUUUGUGAGGAUAUGACAACUCAAUCAGUGAUAAACACUAUGCUGCAACAGGAACAAAGAAGAAAACGAUUGGCAUUCGGAGUUAGAGAUAGCCGACGUCAGAGCCGAAAGAGAAAGAAGUUUGAAUCCCCUCAACAACCUUCGUCCGGUGGAGAUAAUCCAUUCUCUGCUCGUGGAGCUAUUCGAAGAUUAUCACUGCGAGAUAAGAGUGGCAUGACUCUAGCAAGAAUAGAAGCUCAAAAAGAAGGAGCCGAUAUCAUAAGGUCAUGGUCAAAAGAAGACGUAUCUCAAAACGAUGUAACAACCACUCCGCUACCUCAGCAGAACAGAGAGUCUCCUAAUAAGCGAAUAAUAAAAAGUGCUGGAAAUAAAACUAAGCCAAUGUCACCAGAUGAAUGGUUGAAGAAGUUGGAAAAAGCCGAGGAUGAUGACGAUGAAACCUCCCCCAGACGGAUGGGCAGUCAACGUCGACGACCCAAGAAAGGUGGCCAAAUGGAAAUGCAAGAUUUACGACCUAAUGAUGACAGUAUUCGGAACAAAAAAGGCUGUUGUUGCGUUAUUUCUUAG